UGACUGGAUCUGUUGAAAAUCGUACCCCGGCUGUUACACCCGGCUCUCCGCAUGACACCUUCUAGCGCAAUGUUGAACAACAGGCACGAAAGUCCAUCACCUUGUCUUAGUCCUCGGCGCGAUUCAAACGAACUGGAGUGUUCGCCCGAAAUCUUCACACAGUUUUGCACACCAUCCACCGUUGCUUUGAUCAGUCUGGUUACCGCACACCCACACUGCCAGCCAAGCAGCGACGAUGAUGAUGGAAAUGCUUACUCGCUUGCCGGAGGAACUGCUCGCUCGACCGACCAGAGCCAGAGAUACCAUACCAUACUGUAUACGAUCUACGCCAAGAAGCGAGGCACAUCCUCGUUGACCACGUGCACCAAAGCGAGAAAGAGAAGGGAGAACAGGACCAUUUAAACGAGCCGCUUGAUGCUUGCUAAUAUAUCCUCGUCUGCCCCAAUUUCUUCCUGUUGCUGAUGCCGACCCCUUUUUCCAUGGAUACGCACAGGGGCGUAGACGUCGUUUUUGUAGGGAUAGCAACAAAUUGUGGGAAAUGCAUUCUCAAAGCCCAAAUUGUUAAUUAGAGAGAAUGUAAAUAAAUUUUGUA